CUCGACUCUACCGUCUUCGCCACUUGCACAUUUGGAAUUGACCAUGGCGACUAAUCAAUUCACGCUUGCGUCCCCGCCGACCGAUGCGAUCUCCGCGCUGAAAUUCUCCCCCGAACCCGAGUCCACACGGGUGGUUGUGUCGUCGUGGGACAAGAAUGUAUACCUCUACGAGUUGCGCGAUGAGAAUGGGAAUAUAGGCGAGGGCAAGCUGCUGCAGAAAUUUGAGCACCGCGCUCCGGUGCUGGAUGUGUGCUUUGGCGCGAACGAGGAUGAGAUCUACACAGCGGGACUAGAUUGGGAUGUCAGAAGGAUCGACUUAACAUCAUCUACCCAAACCGUCAUCAGCAGCCACGACGCCGGAGUCCGCAGCGUUGUCUACAGCAAGGAACAUAACAUAGUGGUCUCGGCCUCGUGGGACUCGACAUUACAUGUGCACAUCAUCGGGGAGAACAUCUCUGCCCCAGCCAUCGUACCCCUCCCGUCGAAGCCCUUUUCCAUGUCCCUGAGCCCCACGAAGCUGGUCGUCGCCAUGGCGUCGCGCUCGCUGCACAUCUACGACCUGAAGGCGCUGGCCAUGCUGGCCAGCCAAGCGGAGGCCGGAAAGAAGCUCGAAGUCGAGCCGUGGCAGCGGAGGGAGAGCAGUUUGAAGUUCAUGACACGCUCCGUGGCGUGCAUGCCCGACGACGCGGGGUAUGCCUCCUCGAGCAUCGAAGGACGAGUGGCGGUCGAGUGGUUCGACCCGUCCGCCGAGUCGCAGGCCCGGAAGUACGCCUUCAAGUGCCACCGACAGACAGCGGACGACGUCGACGUGGUGUACCCCGUCAAUGCGCUGGCAUUCCACCCGGUGUUUGGUACGUUUGCGUCUGGCGGCGGGGACGGCGUGGUGGCUCUGUGGGAUGGGAUUGCGAAGCGGAGAAUCCGGCAGUACCAGAAGUACCCGUCGAGCGUGGCGGCGCUGUGUUUCAGUGGGAACGGGAAGUACCUGGCGAUUGCGAUCAGCCCUGGGUUUGAGGACGGGAAGGACGAGGUCGCCGAGGGAACGGUGCGGAUUUUCGUGCGCGAACUGGGCCCUACGGAAGCUCGGGGGAAAGGCCCCAAAUAAACGUGCAUGGAUUUUUACGACAACUUGAAUAUAAUUCUCAUGAC